AGAGAGAAAGAGAGAGAGAGAGGCGUCAAAGCCACAAGAUGCAACGCAACGCCGCCCUACGAGCAGCGCGCCUGUCCCCUCCGGCCUGAAAAGCAGAAGCCCGUCUGAUUUGCCCGACGGUUCCUCUCCUCCCAGCCCGCGCUUGGGACUCGCGAGCGGUGGCGGCAAAAAAAGGGGCAACUGUAGCCAGGGAGAAGAGGCGGCGGCGGCGGCGGCGGUGGAGGAGGCGGAGGAGGAGGACGGCGGCUGAGCCCUCCCCUCCUGGGUCUCUCUGCCUGGGCGAAGAAUGCCGGAGGCGCCCGGGGCCGCCCUGCGCGGAGCUUGAAGGCAGCGCCUUGUGCCGCCGACGCCCAAGCUCGACCAUGGCUCCCUUCUUCUCCUGACCGCCCAGCGGCUUCGGAGCGAAGGACGGAGGCUGCCCGCCGUCCCCCUGGCAGAGGGCUGGUAUGCUCGGGCAGCGGCGGGAUGGCCUCGGCUGUGUUUGAGGGCACCUCGCUGGUCAACAUGUUCGUGCGGGGCUGCUGGGUGAACGGCAUCCGGAGGCUGAUCGUCAACCGGCGUGGGGACGAGGAGGAGUUCUUCGAGAUCCGAACCGAGUGGUCCGACCGGAACGUCCUGUACUUGCACCGCAGCUACUCGGACUUGGGCCGCCUCUUCAAGCGCCUGCUGGACUCCUUCCCGGAGGAUCGCCCCGAGCUCUCCCAGUCCCCCUUCCUCCAAGGUUUGCCGGCCGCCUCGUUUACCGACUUUCUCCCUCUUCCUCCCCCCCUCCCAAACUCCAUCCUAUGCCCGCUUGGCGACUGGUCGCUAAGGCGAGAGGAAGUUCCCUGCAAAGGAGCGGCGCUUCCUUCCCGCCGCAGUUGA